AUGAAUUUAAUUGAUUCUUUAUCGAAUGAAUUCCAACAACUUUUAAGUGAUUAAAAGAAAAACCAAGUUUUGAAACCUCUUAUUUAAGGAAUAAUAGAUGAUAUCAAGAAGCACAAGUCUUAAUAAAAUUUACCUAUUUAAGAAAUAAUAAAAAUUCUUGUUAGACUUCCUGAAAGCAAAACCAAUCAAACAUCUGGAAUUGCUCUUAAUAUUAUAUUAAAACUAUUCAAUACUCCUAUAUUGCAGGAAGUAAAUUAAAUUCUAUUUUAGGCAGACCUUCAUCCCUUAUUACAUUCUCUCUAUUUGUUUAAAGAUGAAAUAAUUGAAAAUGUUCAAUUAAAAUUAGUGUAAUGUAGUGUACAUUUAAUUCAUAAAGAAAUAGUAAAUAUCAAUAAUCCUGAGUGCAUAGAAAAAGUAAUAAUUAUUCUUAAUGUAGUUAAUUUGCAUAUUCUUUACCUUAGUAAUUUCAAAAAAUCCAAUUAUUCAAACUACUUCAAUGACAGGUCUCAUGAAAAUACUAGAUUUCUUAUAUGCAUAAUACAGUGAAAAACCUCAUAGAAAUGGAGUUCUGAUAUUUUUACAACUUAUUUAAGGAAUGAAAGGAUAAAAGGUACCAUUUGUUGUCUAACAUUAAUAUUCUAAAGGAAUAUGCAGAGAUAUGAUAUUUUAAAUAGUUUAAAAUUUGGGUCCUUUUUUAAAUAAAGAUGAAUAGCUAAGCAAAUUAAUAGAAGAAAUUUCUGCCAUUAUUUAUGAAGAAAUGAGUUUAGAUUCUGCAGAUGUUUAAUUCAGUAUUUUCGUAUAUAAUCAUAGAUGCAAGAAGAAUUAGAGAUUCAUUUAGAAUGAUAGUAAGUUUACAAAGAGACAUAUCAUUACUUAAACAUAUUAGUCUACUAUUCACAAGAUCUCCAUCAUAUGGUUAUGUUAGAUAUUGGAUCUUAGAAGGAAUUCUAACUUUACUAUAAGAUCCUAAAUUAGUUAUGCUACUUUAUUAAGGACCUUUAUAGGAAGAAUAAUAAUAAUAAUAAUAAUAAUAAUCUACUUUUUUAUAGCAUUUAGUUUUUAUUAUCAAACUAUCUACUGAAUAAGAACCUUAAUAUACAAUAAAUUAGUCGAAUUAAUAAUAGACUUAUGCAAAGUAAAAGAAAUUAUACGAAUAAAACAUAUUAAAUUUAACAGAAAUUCCUAUAUAUAAUAAAUAAUAAUUUUCUUAAAAAUCAAGUAUUAUAUUAAAUUAUAUUAAUAGUUGAAUGUAUCUCUCAUUUUACUGAUUCAAUUUUACAAAUUGCAUAUGAAAAAUAAAUUGGUUUAUUUAGUUUGAAUUACAAAUUAUCUCAAUCUAAGAUCUUAAUUGAAGAUAAUUGUAAAGAAGUAAAUUAAAUAAUUGAGACUACACAAUAAUUAACUUUAAAAACAAUUUAAAAUCUAAUGAUAAAUUUAAAUGAUGAAAUCUAGUAUUAAAGUAUUUUAAAUUCAAUAUAAACUUGGAUUAAUUUAUCUGGUUCUUUAGGUUAAAAUAAAACUAGAGAUGCCUUUAUAAAAUAUUUAAGUAGUCUUUGUGUGGCAAAAUAAAAUACAACUCUAACAAAAAAUUAAUUGUAAAGUGCAAAAACCUUAUUCAAUAUAGCAUAAUUAGGAAGUAAUAUAAUUAAUUAAAUUUGUAGAUUUAUUAGAUAUUAAAUCAUGGUAUAUUAUAAUGAAAGCUAUGUAAUAAUUUGAAGCACUUCUUUAAAAAUCUUAAACUCAAAAUGCUAUAUAAUAAGAGUCUCAUCCUGAAAUAUAUUAAUAAGAAAUAUCAUUGUUAAAUAAUAUUUUAGAUGGUUUAUUUUCAUCAAGUAAUGUAUAUGAAGAUGCCAAUUUAUUACAUAUGAUUGAAGCUAUAAAUUAAGUAACUUUGAGUCUAAUGGAAUAAUUUAAUAAUGUUUAAACUUUAGUUGAUUCUAAAUCUAUUUAAUUUGGAUUAUAAAAGAUUCAUUAAAUAACAAAGUAAAAUUGGUUCAGAAUUAACAAAUUUUGGGAUUUUAUUACUGCUCAUUUUUUAUGCAUAGCAAAUUAUAAACAUAAAGCAUUUAGAGAAUCUGCAUUAGAGAUCUUUUCAUAUAUAGUUUAAUAAGGAUUUAUUUAUUUUUUAAAGCCAGAUUAAAGUCUUUGUUGGGAAGGAGAUAGCUGGUAAUCUCAUUUAUUAAGUCCUAUUCAAUAAAUGAUUAAUAUUCCAUAUGCAGAUGUCAAAGAAACUUUAUUGAAUAUAAUUUUUAAAUUGAUUUAAAAUAAUGGACAUGAAUUGAAUAUUCUAGGAUUUAAUACUAUUAUUGAAAUAUUAUUAAUUAGUUGUGAUGAAACAGAACCUACUGGAUAUGUAAAUAUAGGAUUUCAUAUUUUGGAAUUAUUAAUAGGGUAAUUUAUGCAUUUAUUGGAUCCUAAGACAACUAGAAGAUUAUUACCAUUAAUAAAAUAAUUUAGAUAAAGAACAACAGAAUAAAAUAUUAGUUAUGUUUCAGUUGGUUUAAUUUGGUAAUUAGCAGAUAAUUUAAGUAAGAUUUGCACAAAUUAGACAUCACAAACUGAAGUAGAGGAAUUAUGGACUGUUGUUUUAUAGAGUUUAAAAGAUUUAUCAUUGGACAAUGCUCCAGAUGUUAGAUAAUCAGCUUUACAUAUUAUAAUUUAAAUAAUAUUAAUUAAUUGUGGAUCAUUUAGAAUUAAUUUUUAAAUUGAUUUAUUAAAAAAUUUAAUAUUCAAGAUAUUAGAUGAUUUGAUAGGAAGAGUUGCCUAAUUAUAAUAAUUAUAAGUUAUUUUUCAUAUGAAAGUCCCUAAAUAUUUAAAAGAAGAAGACUAUCCAAAAUUUACUAAAUUUUCUGAAAAAGAUUUAUAAACUACAAUAAAACCUUAAAAUGAAAUUAUGGUAGCAUGGGAAGAUACUUUAAAGAUUAUGAUUUAAAAUUUAACAAAAUUUUUAAAAAAGAUUGGACAAUAAGAGGAUUAAGAAUUUAAAUAACAUGCUUAAUAAUUAUAUAAUGAAACAUUUAUUAGAUUAAUAAUAUCAUUUAAAAUUAAUAAUUUAGAUUUAAGAUGGGAAAUUAUUCGUUUAAUAAAAGAAAAUACAGAAAUUAUGAUAGAAAAAAAUUUGGUUGAAUAAUUUGAUUGGGCAAAGGAAUUUAUUCUCUGUAUUUAAGAGUUUAUAGGAUAAAAGAUUUAAGAUAAUAGAGAUGUUAAAACAUUAAUUAAUAAAAUUUUACCUGAAGUAUGUGAAUUAUAUGUAUUAUUUCUAAAAGCUCAUAAUAAAAAUUAAAAUUCAUUUCCAGAAGAAUUAGUAGAUGAUUUAUAUGAUAGUUACUAAGCAAUUGUUGAUUUGCCUAUAAACAUAGAAAAUAUAUCAAAUAUUAAAAUAUGGAUGGAUGAAAAAUAAUUACAUGAUUUUGCAGAAGACUUUUAUGUACAUCUUAGUAAUUAAAAGGAUAAAUCUAAAUUUUAUUCUUUUCUCUUAUUAAAUAUGAAAAAGGAAGGAGGAAUGACAAAAUUAUAGGAUUUAGUAAUUCUUAAGUAUACAUAAUUAUUAAGUAAAUAUAUAACAGACAAAUAAUUAACAGAUCCUGAACUUAUUAAAUAAUAUAUUGAUAUUUGUCUACUUUAGCUUUCAAUUAGAUAAAAUUAAUAGAAAGUAAAUAAUGUUAAAAAUUAUAAUAAAACUAAUAAACCUUUAUGGGUUUAGGUUCUACCAUUAAUAAUAGAAACUAUUUAAAUUUGUUAAAAAAAUGAAUAUGUUUAACUUUUAUCUGAAUAACUCAAUUUUACUUAGUAAUGGGAUAAAAUAAUAAGUAUUGAUGGAUUAAAAAGUUGUAUUGAUGUGGAAUUAUAAAUUUGUGAAUGGCUUCUUUCAUAAGAUAUUUUGGAUAGAGAAAUUAUAAAUUAUUGGGAAUUACUAUCUAGGAAUAUCAAUUUAUAUUAAUUAGAAGAUUUGUUUUAUGAAACUAGAUAAAAGUUGAUGAAUAUAAUAUUUAAGAAACCUAAAAACUUAAUGACUUUAAAUUAAAUUUGUUAAUCCUUAGUUACUUAAUUUAUGAAGGAUGAAUAUAUGUCAGGAUCUAUGCCAUUAAGUAGAAAACGAGUUUAAGAAAUUAUUUAAUUGUUAUUGGAAUUAUAAUCAUUAAAAGAUUUGAACUUAGAACCACAUCCAUUACUUUAGGUCUUUGAAUUUUUAGUGGAAUUAAUAACAACAAGAGAAAUUGAUAUUAAGUAACCUUUAUAAAAUUUGUUUAAAUCUGUAGCAUUAAAGAUUAGAUCGCAUAAAUGA